CAGGGAAACAGUUAAUGAUGGAACCGGAAACUAUUAAACCUAAACACAACCCAUAUGAUUUCACGUGGUAAAAUGAAUUCUGCAGAAGAUUUUGAUAUUCAGCUGAAUCUGUGUAGCUCACAGAUAUCGGAUAAUAGACGUUCGAGAACUAAAGAAAAACCUUCUGGGCUUAACCACAAAAGAGUCAUUACAGAUGGAACUCCUCCCUCUCGGCAGUCACAGAAUCAGAGAGAUCUUGGUGGCAAGAGAAAACUGUCUGACUCCGACACAAUUACUUCCUCAUCCAAGAGGAAGAAACCAGACCAGAUCAUUUCCUCCUUGUUCAGACAUAACCCAGAUAUUCCAUCAGUCGACAGAUCUGAUGUGACCCCAGUGAAAGAACAAGUUUUCACCUCCAAAACUUUCUGUGAUUUGCCACUUCACCAGUUUAUGAUAAGCAACCUGGUUGAUAAGAUGAAUCUGACCUGUAUGACCUCCAUUCAGCAACGUGCCAUUCCUUGCGUUCUACAGGGAGGUGAUCUGCUCAUCAAAUCACAGACUGGCUCAGGAAAGACGUUAGCAUAUGCUGUUCCUAUUGUACAGAAGCUGCAGGCUCUAAAGCCCAGUGUUCAGCGGUCGGACGGCCCAUACGUUAUCGUGGUCGUGCCAACACGAGAGCUUGCGAUACAGAGUUAUCAGACGUUUUGCAGUCUUGUUAAACCAUUUAUUUCAAUUGUUCCUGGCUGUCUAAUGGGUGGAGAGAAGAGGAAAGCUGAAAAAGCUAGACUGAGAAAAGGGAUAAACAUUCUUGUUACCACGCCCGGUCGGCUGGUUGACCAUCUGGAACACACACAAGGGAUGUCACUCUCGUGUGUACAAUAUCUGGUGCUGGACGAGGCAGACAGACUGUCUGACCUUGGCUAUGAGAAAGACAUAGCUACAAUAGUGACAGCCCUGAACACUGAUGGACACCAGCACAGGCAGACCAUCUUGUUAUCGGCCACUCUGUCUAACGGCGUGGAGCGUCUAGCGGGGAUGGCAUUAAACAAUCCACAGAAGAUCAGCGUCAGUGAAAACAACAACCUAGAAUCACCAGACAGCAGGCUUGAAGAGUUACCACGGCAACCUACUAUAUGUUCAGAUUCUGACAGGAGUGAGGUUUUCUCAGUCCCUGAUCAGCUGGAACAGCAGUUUGUCAUCACGCCCAGCAAGCUGCGACUUGUCACUUUGGCAGCCUUCAUCUGCGCAAAGUGCAAGCGGAAGACCAAGAAGUGUAAAAUGAUAGUAUUUUUAUCAACGCAAGACUCAGUGGAGUUCCAUCAUGCCUUGUUCACCAGACUGUUUGUUCAGGAUCCUGGAGAGAUUAUGGACUUGACAGAGCAACACACAUACAAACAACACACAGACGUCACCCUGUACAAACUACAUGGAGACAUGCCACAGAAGGACAGAACGCUGGUGUUCAGAGAUUUCUGCAUGACGUCUGAGGGAGUUCUCUUCUGUACCGACGUCGCGUCUCGCGGCCUCCACCUGCCUCACGUUGACUGGAUCGUGCAGUACGCCGCGGCUGGGUCAGAGGUGGAGUACAUCCACCGGGUGGGGCGCACCGCCCGGGCGGGCUCACCAGGACACGCCCUGCUGUUCCUCCUGCCUCACGAAGUGUCAUACAUCCAGGCGCUCAACAAACAACACAUCAGUUUAGACGAGCUCAGUAUGGACGAGGUUCUGAAGACGUUGACAAACACGAUACAAGAUUUGCCAUUCCUUGCAAACAUGCCGAGAGACAUGCCAAGAACAGCAGAAGAAGCAGCGUCAUGUUUACAAACACAGUUUGAGGACUGUAUCCACGGCAACAAGAACAUGCUUCAGCUAGCAAGAAAAGCAUUUCAGUCAUUCAUCCGAGCUUACACGACCUUUCCGUCCCACCUGAAGUCAAUGUUUGAUAUACGACAGCUACAUCUUGGUCACCUGGCGAAGAGUUUCGGACUCCGAGACGCUCCGUCCAACAUGAAGGUGAACUUGGGCAGCAAGCACAGGAGUGACCAACACAAACAUAACAGAUUUGAAAAGACCGGGAAAGGUUUUCAAAAGAAAAAUCUGUCAGAAUUCGAGAGUGGCCUGUCCAAUGGCAAAAUGAAGGGACUUAAAUCCCGAAGGAAGAAGAAGAAGCUAAAAUGAAGAGUUGUACAAUAAAUCUUAUCACAUUGAAA